AUGAGUGCUGACCAAGUUUCAUCCUUGUUGGGCCAAGGAACAACAAAAACAUACAACAUUCCCAUUGAACAUCUGGACUAUAAAUUUAUUGAAACAUCUACAGAUGUUAAAUAUUUGGAAAAGAUUCUCAGGAUACUAAGGUCUGGUGAGGAGGGCUUUUAUCCUGAUCUUAUCUUAUUUUGUGAAAAACGCAUUGAGUCUUUGGCUCCAAAUAGCAGAGCUCUGAGAAGAGAGAAACCUGCAGCCACCGUUUCUGAUUUUACUGCUGAGGAAUGGGAAAAGAUAAAUAAUGAAAUGAAGAGCUGGGUUACAGAAAUGAAAGAAGAAGAGUAUAAAAUGCGGUAUCCUACAACAGAUGUAUUCAAGGAGAAUGUGGAAAAUUUGCCACCUGUUCGUACUUCAGAUAGCACUUAUCCCUCUGGUCAGAGUAAAACUUCAAAGAAGAAACAAACGAAGAAGAAAAAUAUACCAAAGAAUUACAGAGAGUGGGAUAAGUUUGAUGUGGAAAAAGAAUGUUCCAAAAUUGAUGGAAAUGAAGAAAACAAAUUUAACGCCAGCUUUAGUGCUAACAGAAAUUUACCAAAAAUGAAGAUAGACACAACAGGUAUGACAACAAAAGAAAAGACAUUUAUUGCUAAUCGUGAAAAGGAAAAAGGCAAUGAAGCAUUUGUCACGGGAGACUACAAAGAAGCAGUUGCCUACUAUAUUCGGAGCAUAUCUGCAUUCCCCACCAUGGUUGCAUACAAUAACAAAGCUCAAGCAGAAAUAAAACUCCAGAAUUGGCAUGUUGCUCUUCAGGAUUGCGAGACUGUAUUAAACAUGGACCCUGGAAACAUAAAAGCUCUUAUGCGCCGUGCCACUGUAUACAAAAAUCUACAGGAUUUCAAAGCGGCUGCAGAAGAUUUGAAGGAAGUGUUGCAUAUUGAGCCAGAAAAUGCCAUAGCUAAAAAAAAUCUGUCAGAUAUUGAGAAGAAUCUGAAAGAGUCAGAAUCUAUAUCUCAGUCUCAGACCAGAGGGAAAAGAAUACUUAUUCAAGAUAUAGAAGGCUCAGAUGGUGAUGAAGAACAAGAAGGAAAUGAAAAUGGCAGUGGAAAUAAAAAAUCUGCUGUGCUAGUGGGAGGAGAGAUCACAAGUGAGAAGACUGAAAUGGGGAACGCACAAAAGAAGUUCCCCAGCAAAGGCGAUGGCAGUAAAUCGGAAUACAAGGAAGCCCAGAAACACAGGGACCCUUCAGAGAGUGUCAAAAAAGGCACGCCUGAAAAAAAGACACACAAAGUUGUCCAGAAUUGUGGAGGUGAAGUAAAUGGCUGUCUGGGCAAUGGUAGAAGUAAUAGUGAGAAGAGGGAAGUGAAAGCAAAGGAUGCAGAAUCUUCAUCAGCUGGAGCCAGCAGUUCUACUUUGCUCCCUCCUACUGCAGCAAAACUGAAAUCUGAAGGAAAUGAAUUAUUUAAGAAUGGGCAAUUUGGAGAGGCCGUGCUCAAGUACUCGGAGGCAAUUGAAAAUGUCAUCAGUUCAGGAAUCCAAACUCCAGAGGAUCUAAGUAUUUUGUAUUCAAACCGAGCAGCAUGUUACCUAAAAGAAGGAAACUGUGUUGACUGCAUUCAGGACUGUAACAGUGCACUAGAACUUCAUCCAUAUUCUCUUAAACCUCUUCUACGUCGAGCAAUGGCCUAUGAGUCCAUGGAACGAUAUCGACAGGCAUAUGUUGAUUACAAAACAUUAUUACAAAUAGACAGUGGGAUCCAAGCAGCAAAUGACAGUGUUAACAGGAUAACAAGAACUUUAAUAGAUCAGGAUGGCCCAACUUGGAGGGAGAAGCUGUCCCCGAUUCCUGUUGUUCCUGUUUCUGCUCAGUUACACUGGUGGGAUGGAGGAAGCUUGACUUCAGAGACAAAGCAAAAGAAAACUACAGUCAGGGAUGGAGAUCAACAAUCACAGAUUCCUAGUGAAACCCCAGAAGAGAUGUUCAAGACUCUGAAGAACAAAGGGAAUGAAUUUGUGAAAAAGGGCAGCUAUGAAGAAGCGUUGAAGAAGUACAAUGAGUGCAUAAAGUUAAAUUCCCAGGAACUGACCAUCUACACUAACAGGGCCCUUUGUUGCUUGAAGCUGUUUCAGUAUGAAGAAGCCAAAAAAGAUUGUGAUUAUGUUCUUCAGACAGAUGACUCCAAUAUAAAAGCUUUAUAUAGACGAGCUCUAGCAUACAAAGGGUUAGAGAACUACGAAGCUAGUAUUGAUGAUUUGAAUAAAGUUCUUCUAAUAGAUCCAAGUAUUGAUGAAGCAAAGAAGGAGUUGCAGGAAACAACUCGGUUGCUGAAACUCAAAAAUGAAGUUACAGAAAACACAAAACAGAAGCAAAGGAGAAAAAUUGAAAUUGAAGAGGUGAAUGAAUGUGAGGAAGAGGAAGAUGGAGAGACCCGUGCUUCAGAGAAUGCUACAGGAAAUUACCACAGUGCUAAAGAAGAGCUUAAAAUGAGAGUGCCAAUGAAUAGCUCAGAAAAACUAAUAAUUUCUAAGCCAUCAAAUGCCUAUGAAUUUGGUCAGAUUAUCAAUGUUGUGAAUGCCAAUAAAGACAUCACUGCUUGUGCAGAGCUCUUAACAAUGAUUGAGCCAAAAGAUUUGCCAGUACUUCUAAGCAACAAACUAGAAGGAGAUAUUUUUCUAAUCUUUAUCCAAGCCCUGCAGUCUGAUGUAUUUUGCCAGGACUCCGGCCGAGUGUAUCAGCAUCUUGUCCACCUGAGUAAAGCAGAAAGGUUUAAGCUGGUGUGCUCACUGCUUAGUAGGAAUGAAGUGGAACAGGUUCAACAGCUGUUUGAUUCCCUUUCCAAAGAGCGAACCCAACAAUUUUCUUUAGAAGACCUGGAGAGCCUUAAGAGAGACUUUGAUCUUUAAGCAACUUCGUUUUGGAAUUGCCUCUUGCAUGCAUUCUGUUGAUGCUUGUAGGAUGGCAUAUAAACUAUGCAGACUUGCAUGGGAUAAAGUCAGUCUUUUAUCUGGACUGUUUGAUAUGCUGCACAUUUUACAUACACAUUGAAAAGCUGCUCUUCCAUCUUGUAUAUAUUUUAUCCUACAGACUACGCAUGCAUGACUUUAUGUUAAAGGGGCUAUUCACUCACUACUUGGUUCCUGUAAUUAUACCAGGAGAGGGGUGAGAAGCAGGACUCAGACUCAAGGGGAAAGAAAUUAAGAAUAGACUGUGCUUGGUAAAGAUAUGGUCCUCAGGGCCCAGCAGGAAGUGAACAGUCCUUAAAAUGUAGGUCCCACAAAACAGUAUAAUGACCUGCUAAUUAGAAUAUACUCAACUACUUUGAAAGGUAUUCAUGAGGUUCUAUGUAGUCAUCCAUUUGCUAUAUAUUUUGGUUAUACUGCUUUUUUUGUUAUAUAGGAAUCUUCUACUGUUCAGAGACGGCUGACACUUAGCACAAUUGAUGGACAAUGUCUUCUAUAUAAGCCCCAUUGACUGAUUGGUAAUUGUGCAUUUUUCUCUCAGUGGGGCUUGUGCUAAAAGACAUUUCCACCAGUGCAUUGUGCCUAUACUCUUCACUUUUCCUGCUAGGUAAUAUGGCUACUUACGUACAUCCACCUAACUGCAGUGCAGCCGAAACCAGCCUCUGCUUCCAUCUGCCACCAGUCUACCUGGGCAGACACUCACAUCUGGCUCCCACUGAGCAUGGCUUCAAAGGAAAACACAACUCAUUUCUUCUCAUCUUGUGUCAGUGCUACUAACUUAAAUAUGUGCAGUUAUGUGCUUGAUGGCACUGAAUGUGUACAUUUAAAUCAACCCCUUGGUCCUCUUCUAUUUUGCUUCUUCUGGGUUAUGUAAAGAUACUUUUAUACAGCCUGUGCACUACUGGUGAAUGGCAGAGAUAAAGCAGAAUAGGUGAUGAUAAAUGUUUUGAAGCAAUAGAACUAUUAUAUUUUUAAACUGGAGACUAGUAAUUUAUUAUUAGUGUGUGUAUCAAAUUUUAUUAUGGGAGAGGUUGCCCAGGUUCUUGCACUAUUUUAAAGGUGGUAUUAUUUGUCAAAGAAUUUCUGUAUUAAAUACAUAACUGAAAUGUUAUAUGUAGGUUAAAAACGUACCCACUUGAAAUUGUUUCCCUUGAAAAGCCUUUGACACAAAUAUUUAAAAAAUAA